GUUGCUUCUUAUAUUAUAUUUAUAUACAUAGUUAGAUUACAUGCAAAUCAAAUAGAUUAAUGUAUAGAAAACAAGGGAUGGGGAAGAAAACAGGAAUCAUACUGGGAGUGUUUACUCUUCAUCUCUGCAUAACCUUCGCCCUCUCUGAGUACUACUCAGAAACUCUUCCAUUCUCACCAAAACAACAAGUCGUCACCAAUCUCCACUUCUUCUUUCAUGACACUCUCAGCGGAUCAGACCCAACAGCGGUCCUCAUCGCCAAACCCCAUCUCACCGGAGAGGACAGCUCUUCUCCCACACCCUUCGGCUCUCUUGUCGCCAUCGACGACCCUCUCACCCUCGGACCUGAUCCCAAGUCCGAGCAGAUCGGGAACGCCAGAGGGAUGUACGUCUCUUCCGGGAAACAUGUCCCCACGUUGACCAUGUACGUCGACUUCGGCUUCACCUCCGGCCUGUUUAACGGCAGCUCCUUCACCGUGUUUUCUAGGAAUACGAUUGCCGAGAAGGAGAGGGAGGUUGCGGUUGUGGGUGGUCGAGGAAGGUUUAGGAUGGCUUCAGGAGUUGCUCAACUUAAUACAUACUCGGUUAACCUGACCAACGGUGAUGCCAUUGUUGAGUACAAUGUCACUCUCUAUCAUUAUUAA